CAUCACUUUUAUUGCACUCUCAGGAGUCUUCUCGAUUUCUGUUGUGUCUAAUCUUGCAGAAGUGGAAUGUACCAAAACCACAUCAAAGACACCAACAACAACUGCAAUAAAAGUCUCCUCAGUGAUCACAAGGAAAAGCUUAUCCAGGCUAUUAAAAGAAUUAAGCAUGAGGUAGAUGAAUGCAGGGAAGCGGAGAGAGAGACAUACAUAGAGUCUCUUGAAGUGGAGAACAGUUUUGAUGCCCUGGAACGAGAAAUCAGUGCCGAGUUUCAGAACCUCCAUCGUUUCCUGGAUGAGGAGGAGGGCAGGGACCUGGAGCGGCUGAACAGGGAGAAGCAGAAACAACUGAAGCAGCUGAAGGAAAGAGAGAAGAAGAUAGUGGCGCAAGGGAGAGACCUGCAGAGUGCGAUUACAGUGCUGAACGGCAAACUGGCCGAGGAUGACAGUCCUAAACUGCUGAAAGAAAUUCAAGACCUCAUAAAAAGGUCUCAGGUCAGCUUCGUACUCCCGGCGGAGGUGGACACCGAGGUGCGCUCCGGUCAGUUUGUGGGGCCCAUACAGUACAGGAUAUGGAAGCACAUGAAGAGCUGCCUCUACCCAAAUAUAACCUCAGUGAUCUUUGACCCCUACACAGCCCACCCUAACCUGUCCUUGUCCCAGUCCUGCUCUUCAGUCUGGUUUGACGAGGAUAAAGACACAAAGGACUGUGAUUCAAACCCUCGACGGUUCCACUAUUAUUACUGCGUGCUGGGCAGUCAGGGUUUCACCACAGGCCGACAUUACUGGGAGGUGGAGGUGGCUCGUAAGACGGCGUGGAGGUUGGGCGUGGCAAGUGAGGAUGUGGAAAGAGGGGAGAUGGAUGCUACGGGGACAUCGAGCGGUCUGUGGACCCUGGCCCUGAAGGGAGGAUCCGUUAUGGCCUGCACAGACCCAGAACCAACAAAGGUUACCGUAUCUGUGCGACUUGUUCGCAUUGGUGUGUUUUUAGACUGUGAAAAGGAGGAAGUGUCUUUCUAUAAUGCAGUUACUAUGGCGCCAAUCUACACCUUCACUAUGGAUACAGUGACCGCUCCUUUGUUCCCCUUCUAUAACCCAUGUGACGCAGAUGAUGGGAAGAACAAAGCAGCACUAAAGAUCUUCAACCCUUCACUUUGAUCAGGGACUGUUUUCCAGACAAAAAAAAGUUAGUAGAAUUAAUAUUUGUAGCUUUAAUUGAAAAUUAAAUUUAGUUAAAAUCAAUCAACAUUUAAAUGAAAAUAAAAUAAAUGUAAACUAUUCUAACAGUCAAAUCAAUAUUGUUUUGGGGUAUUUUCAAUGCAACAAUGCCAUAUAUAUACUGAUUCCAGCUCCUCAGGUUUGAAGCUUUACUUCUUCUCUUUUGUGUUCCUGGAAAUAAUAAUAAGAAUUCAAGUUGAUUAAUUUAAAAAUUAC